AGGAAGUGAGAUCUGGAGAGCGCGCACAGGAAAGCCACGCUGCUCACAUUGUACUUUGGUUUCACUGCCUCACUGUGAUUGCCUACCAUCCGUGACCAGCCAAUGCGCAUGUAGGCCAACCCCGCUGCUGACACUCACGAUGGCUUCCGCACAGGAGGAAUUCAAUGAAUUGAUGAGAGACAAAGGUCACCGCGUCUCUCACCCCGAAGAUGACGAUGAUCGUCGCUCGUCCUUAGACCCGUCCGACGAGGAAGACCAUACACCAUCGGGCUCGCAGCAAGACGAGGAUGACCAGCCCGCCCCAAGACCAAGUGUUAGUAGCUAUCGGAGCACCAUCCCCACCACUCGCUAUCAAGCCAACACUGGAGUGAAAGGCGUGAUUGCGGACGCCCAGCACUGGCAAGACUCAUGCCGUGACAAACGGGCCUCAGCCCGAAGCGUCUUGAAUCUCUCUUCACAGACGCAGACUCUUACCCUGGACCACUCAGCACCAGCAUCACAUCUGCCGAGUUUGGACGAAGACGAGGACGGCAUGUUUGACGAUCUGGAUGAUGAUUUCAUGGAUCAAUGGAGAAAGAGUCGGAUGCAGGAGCUACAAAGUGGGCCGAAGCAAAGCAAAUCACAGGCGGAUUUCGGAAGCGGGGGACUCUUCGGCGGUAUGGUGACUGUCGACGGCGACGGCUUCCUUGAAGCAGUGGAUAACUCUCAGGGCGCCGUAGUAGUGGUGUAUAUUUAUGACGAGAAGUCCGACGUCAGUACGGAGAUUGAGCGGUGCCUGCGCAAAUUGGCCGGCAAGCAUCAAGACACUCGAUUUAUCAAGCUCCACUUCGAGGAUGCGCAAAUGGAGCCUGCCGGAGUACCGGCACUGCUCGCCUAUCGCAACGGCGAAAAGUUUGCUGGCCUCAUUCCCAUCAUCGAUGAGCUUCCCGAUGACGCUGACCUGAGCUCGACGGUGAUCGAAGCAGUGUUACAAAGGCAACAGAUUCUCAGAUGAUUGAGAACCCCUUCUCAGGCUUUCUUUGAUCAAUACAUACUCGAAGCGCCUUCGAGCAUGCAUCUCAGCCUCGCACUAUGCUGCAAUCUCCUAUAGUUGAGUGCCUCUCUCCGUUCAGAGUCACAAGUUCAUUCACAAAAUGGCAUAC